AUGCAACUUCUGGUAUUGAUUAUUGGUUUCGGAAUCGCUAUAGCAGGGUAUGUCCACCCAGAGCAAAUUCAUCUUUCGUGGACAGAAGAAAUAAAUCAAAUGAGAGCUACUUGGGCCACUUACUUAAAUGCUCCGCCACAUGCAGCUUAUCGGCCCAUCUUAUGCGGAAAUGUCCCAUCACCCUCCAACUUCACCUAUAUCGGAGGAGACACCAAGAAAUUCCAAGAAGGCCCUCACUUUUGGCAGAAUCAGUACAUUCAUACAACUGUCUUUGAAAACCUAUUGCCAGAAUGUUGGUAUGAGUAUAAAGUCAGUAAUUUAGGAUCAUGAAGCAAAACUUACUUAUUCAAUGGAAGAACUCCAGAUACAAGCCAAACGUUUAGAGACGUGAAUAAUUCUUUUACUCUUAUUGUUUUUGGAGAUUGGGGCACUGGCCCCAUUGGGCAAUAUACAAAACACUUGCUUGGAGAAGAAACGCUUACAAGAGAUUAUUUAAAGUUAAAGUAAAAUUUUAGGGCCAUAAGCGGAUAAGCUCCUUAGGUUAGGACCACCUCUUGCAAUGCCCUUUUAGUUCCGAUAAGCAAAGACUAGUUGGGAGGAAAAACCUGUCUCACCCAUCUGGCAGUUACAGGGGAAACAUUCGGGAGAGAAAAACUUCACACUUCAGCAGGCAUUCUCAAACCCGAAAUCCUACUUCAAAAGUGACAGAGGCACUAUUUUCAGCAUCAUCGGGAUAGGUCCUACCUGCUCCACAGGAGUGUGUGCUUCGGAGUCCAUCUUCUGUCAGUGUCGGCAUUUUAUUUCUUGAGAAUUUAUUUAGGAAUUCUCCAUAUGGGCGAUAUUUGGUAAGAAACUGAUGUCAUUCUAUUCUCAAUAUUUUUGAUUCGCUUCUGCUUCAUAUUAAAAAAUUAGAAUGUACUUAUUUUGUCAUAAGUUCACCUUAAUUAAUUCAAUCUUUUAAAUUGGAAAUAUAAUAUAAAAUAUAAAUAAAAAAUUGUAGAAUAAAUAUUAAUAAAUACUUGAAUAUUUAAAGCACUAAAUUUGCAUGUGCUUAAAAAAAAAAAAUAUCGACUUCAAAAACAUUUUUUGUUAUUUGCAGUAGCAAGAUAAAUUUUUAUAAGCAAUGUCUUGUUUUAUAGGCUAUUAAUUAGGGCAGCUAGAGCCUAUAAAUAAAUAUUAAAAAUUUAAUCUCAUAAAUAAAUUAAUAAUUCUAUUACAAGAUUUUUGAAAAAAUGACUUACUUCUAAGAGAUAAAUUAUUUAAUUCUUUAUUAUUCGAGUUUCAAACCAAUAUAGCGAUUUCUGCGGAAAUUCAUUUUAUAUUCUAAGAGAUGAAGUAUGGAGCAUAAAGGGAGUUAAUUUUUUUUUUAUUAAAGAGAAAUAGCUUUCAAAGAUUAGGGGUGCAAAUAAGGCUUUGAGUAUUAGAGAUUUAAGCAGGGGCAGAGGAUGAGGAUAGGCUAGGAGUAGGGGUAGAGGUUUAGGAUAUAUGCCUAACCAGAUAUUGCAUAUGAUUUACAGGAUGAAGACGGAAAAGUAGGAGAUGAAUACUUAAACAUGAUUCAGCCUAUAGCUGCUACUUAUCCUUACAUGACAGUCCCUGGAAACCAUGAUAAAGCUGAUAACUUCACUCAAUAUAUAAACAGGUUCAAUAUGCCAAAUAAUGGAGUAAAUCAAGGAACAAGCUUUUUUUACUCUUUUAAUCUUGGACCAGCGCACUUUAUAAUGUAUAAUACGAAUCCUUAUUUCAAGAACGCAUCCCAAGCAAGCGCAGAUCUUCAAACUCAAUGGCUAGUUAACGAUUUAGCCAUAGCCAAUAGUCAAAGAAGUAUAAGGCCAUGGAUUAUUGUACUAGCUCAUCACCCACUUUACUGCUCUCAAGAUUGGUUUGAAGAAGGAAGCCAAAAUGACUGUGGAACGCAGCCAGCUGUUAUUAAGCCUAUUCUUGAAGAUUUAUGGUAUAGCAAUAGUGUUGAUCUUGCAUUGCAAGCCCAUGUGCACAAUUAUGAAAGAGAUGCUGCUAUAUAUAUACUUAACAAAAGUAAUCUCAAAAUAAAUACUUCUAAACGGAAUAAAAUGAAUCGGCAGUUUUUUAUUAACACUAUAUUUGCCAAAAUAUUUGGGAACAUGGAGGCUUAAUGAAAUUAGACCUCUGCAUGUCAAAGAAUUUUUAUCUCUCAAAAAUCCAACAGCAAAAAAGUUAGUUCAUUAUAUAAAUUAUUCUAUUAUAAAAUAAGGCAAACGCUAAUUUGCGUUUCUAAAUAAUAAAAAUAGUAUAAAAAUCAAACGAUACCAAGCCAGUAUGAUGGACAAAAUAUCCACAUAAACCCUAAUGCUCCUGUAUACAUUACUAGUGGAAAUGCAGGAAACACACUUGGGCAUAAUGAUCCAGCUUCUACAACUCCUCAACCGUGGGCAAGGUAUUUAAGCAAUGAUUAUGGCUAUGGCAGGUUGACUGUUUAUAACCAAACCCACUUGUUCUGGGAGCAGUUCAGUGCUGUUGCGCUUACUGAAAUAGAUUAUGUUUGGAUUAUCAAAGACCAACCAAGAUACAAGCCAGUUCUUUCUUAA